AUUUAGAAAAAUAAAAACUGAUGCACUGCCUGCAGUGGUUUUUACCAAUACUUUUGUUACCAUAUCCGUCAAAUCCAAUUACUAAUUCAAAUCACUGGAUUUUUUUGGUAUUAUAUACUAUUAAUCUAAUGAUUGAGAAGAAACCUUGCUACUUAUGUUUGGGUAUAUUUUUAUCUGCUUUGAUCUUGACAUCACUGUAAUAUUUUCAAUGAAACAACUUUUACUAUGAGGAUAGUUUUCAAAGGUUAACAAGAAAACAAUGUUUUUAACUUCAUGGUUCAGCUUCUUUCGUUUUGUGCUAAUGGUUGUUGUUGUAUUAGGUCUUGUUGUUCCUUUUUUUAUCCAACUUGUUUUGCUUAUCCAACCCACUGAACUGAAAGAUGAUCUGGUUUCUGAUUUUAGAAGUAUUCAAUAUAUAAAUCUAUAUGAAAAGCAAAAAGAGAUCCAUUCCAUGAAGUUGCAACUUAAAGAGUUAGACAAUAUUAAAUUGAAAACAUUAAAUUAUUUGCGUUUAUUGGAUGAAAAUCGUGUAUCUCUUAUAGAACAAGUAUCUUUGCUUGUAAAUCACAAAGAUAUGUUAGAAAAAGAAGUUAAAAAACUAACAAAUCAACUCUCUAGCCGGUCUAAAAAAGAACCUGAAAGUAUAAAAAUGUCAGAACAAGUAAUGACUAAAACUAUAUAUGUUGGGGUUCCAUUAAAUAGUUAUAUUGACAGCGAUAAGCACCAUAUGAACAGAAGUAAUUGUAAUUUAGAUAAAUGUUUUGAUUUUUCUAAAUGUUCAUAUGUUGAUAAAUUUUCUAUUUAUUUAUAUGAACCCAGAUAUAAGGAACCACUGUACAAGCAUUUUAUUUCCCUAAUAGAUUUAGUAAAAGAUAAUAAUUCUUGUAUUUACCUUGUGUUUCUUAAUAUGAAUGAUUCUGUUAAAUCUUUAAAUGCUCAGAUUGAAGCAUUGUCAACUUGGAAAAGUACUGGUGCUAAUCAUAUUCUCUAUUUGCAACAUUUUAAAAAUGAAAACUAUUGUAACAAGGUAGAUAAACUAAAUGUUAAGCAGUCAGUUAAAGUAAUGUCUUUUUCGUGUGACAGUGCCAUUAAUUAUUUUGAUUUUGUUAUUCCUUCAGUGGAUUUAAAUAGCCUUUCUCAAGUAGCCUUUUCAAAUCUUAUGCCAUUAAAUCGAAAGUUUAUUUUGUCAUUUUACAAACAAUCUUAUAAAAACAAUAAGAUUCAAGACCUUAUUGUUGAUCAAAUAAAGCAUGAAAGUGAUGUUGUUAUUAUCAAUUCUUCUCAAAUAUCAAAAACAUGUUUACAUAAUUAUUGCUCCUUUGACAAUCCUUCUGUAAUGCAGCUCUUGAAAGAUUCGCAGUUUACAAUACUUUUGCAUUCAAAUCGUUACUUUGUUGAUGAGUUAUGGUAUAGUUUAUAUAAUGGAGCUAUUCCAGUUGUACUUGGCAACAAAGAUUUCUUACCAUUUUCAGAUGUUCUAGAUUGGAAAAAAGCUGCUGUUUUGCUCCCAGUUCAACGUUUAACUGAGCUAAUUUUUAUUCUGCGAACAUUUCAUGUGGAUGAUAUAUCAGCAAUGAAGGCUCAUGGUCGCUUUUUAUUUGAAACAUAUUUUUCUGACCAUUAUAAAGUUCUAAGAACUGUGUUAGAAGUGUUUAAACAUCGCAUUGGAGUUUUGCCUACACCAGAAAAAGACUUCCAAGUCAAGCAGUUUUUGCACAUCGCAAAGCAACCAGAUGAUACAGUUAUAAACUCUGUAAAUUUUUUAAAGAAUUUUUCAUUUCUUAGCAGGUCUUCAUAUAAAUCAUGGAACUCAUACCCUGGUGGUUUAACAUUUUUUCCUGUUACUCCUUGGAGUAAUCCUCCACCAUCAUUGUAUCAGUUUUCAAAAGAAGGUCGUGAACAUUUUAUGCCUAUAGCAGAUGGGAAAGGUGGAGAUGGUGUAUCUUUUUCGCGAUCAUUAGGUGGUGAUAUGCCAUUUGAAAUGUUUACUGUGGUAAUGCUAACUUAUGACAGAUACUCUAUUUUAAUGGAGGCGCUACAAAGAUUAUCAGGCAUGAAGUAUUUGCACAAAGUAGUAGUUGUUUGGAACCAUCCAUCUGAUCCCACAGAUGAUAUAGUAUGGCCUGAUAUAGGAGUAAGAGUAGAAGUAAUAAGAGCAUCUGGAAAUAGUUUAAACAAUCGGUUUAUUCCAUAUUCAAAUAUUGAAACUGAAGCUAUACUCUCUGUUGAUGAUGAUAUAUAUUUGCGACAUGAUGAAAUUGAAUUGGCAUUUCGAGUUUGGAGGGAAAAUCGUAAUCGUUUAGUUGGAUUUCCUGGCCGACACCAUUCAUACAAUGCUACUAAAGAUUCAUUUGAUUACAACUCCGAACACUCAUGUGAAUUAUCUCUAGUUUUAACAGGAGGAGCAUUUUUUCAUAAAUAUUAUUCCUAUGUUUACACAAACCAUAUGGCAUCAUCAAUCAGAGAAAUGGUGGAUCAAUAUAUGAACUGUGAAGAUAUUGCAAUGAACUUUUUGGUUGCACAUAUUACCCAAAAGCCACCUAUAAAAGUAACAUCACGCUGGACAUUUAAAUGUCCAGGCUGCCCGGCUGCUCUCUCAGCUGAUGAAAGUCAUUAUUUUGAAAGAAAUAGUUGUAUGACAUAUUUUGAACAAGUGUUUGGGUACAAUCCUUUGAAAAGAACUCAGUAUCGAGCAGAUUCAAUAUUAUUUAAAACUAGACUACCUUCUGGACUAACAAAAUGCUUUCAGUAUGUCUGAAAAACUUGUAUUAGGAAUAUUUAAAAAAAUUAUCUUGAUAUUUGAUUUAAAAAUGCGAGUUAUUUUUAAAAAGUUUUAUUUAUUGGAUUUAUUUCUUUAUACAUUUUACUAUAUUAAUGUUUUAACAUAUUCAAGUUAUUAUUAUUAUUUUUUUCUAACAAUUGUUUAAUGUGUAUUGCCCUAUGGUAAUUUUUUUUAAUUUUUUGUAUUUUAGAUUUCCAUUUUGAUUUACUCUCUUAAUAUUUUAUAUUUUUAUUGAAGCUACCAUAGUAAUAGCAGAAUCAUUGCUCAUUGCUUUAUUAUUGCUUUUAUAUUAUAGAUGUUGUUAUAUUGCAUGUUAUGCUUUCAGAUAAAUAUGAUAUUGCAUGCAUUUUUUUUUCAACUUAUUCAAGUUAUAAAUGCUUAUAAGUUGUAUUAUUGUUUAUAUUGUGUUUGGAUUAUGCAAUAUUUAUGGCAUUCAUUUAAAAGAUUUUUUUACCUAACAGUUUUAUUUUUUACGUAAUGUUUUUUUUAUGAAUGAAAAAUAUGUAAAGUGUAAUUCAUGUAAAGUAAAACUUAUGUAAAGUAUAUGCUAAUUAUCUAUAUGUUAUAUGUUAAAUAAAAGGUAUAUAUUUUUUCC